UCCGCUCCUUCAUCUUCUUCUUCUGCUUCUUCUUCUUAUUCUCUCUCUCUCUUUCUCUCUCUCUCUCCUCUCUCCCUCUCUCCAUGUAUUGGUGAAGGUCUUCCGCUAUGAAAUCAUAUUCAAGAUGUUACUUCUUUCUUCUCUCUUUAGUCUCUUUCCUCCUAUCUUCUGCAUCAUGUGCAGAGAACACGAGCUUCGAUUUCCCUUCUUUCACCAUUCGGAACCUCACCUUGCUUGGUGAUGCCUACCUCCGCAAUGGCACCAUCGGCCUCACCAGGGAGAUCAACGUGCCGGCCUCGAGCUCAGGUAGCGUUCUUUACAACUUCCCCUUCAGGUUUUUCGACCCCGCGUCGAAUUCCUCUGCUUCUUUCUUCUCAAGAUUCGUCUUCUCCAUUACCAACGCGAACCCUGGUUCAUACGGUGACGGGAUCACAUUUUUCUUGUCUCCAAACAAUGAGACCAUCGGAAGUCCGGGAAGAUUCUUAGGCCUCCUGAAUUCGAGCUCCCCUGAUGAUAAUAAGUUCAUCGCGGUCGAAUUUGAUACGUUCUUUGACGCGGGACUUGGGGACCCGAACGCGAAUCACGUGGGGUUGGACGUCGGGAACCUCUCGUCUAUUCAAACACUUGAUGCAGGCACUGUGGGAAUCGAUUUGAAGAACGGCACUUCGAUCACGGCCUGGAUUGAGUACAGGAAUGACAUGAAUAGGCUCAUGAUGUGGAUGAGCUACACGAGUUUGAAGCCUUUGAAUCCCCAAUUUUCCGUCGAUAUCGAUCUGUCGAAGUAUUUUGAGGAGUUUAUGUAUGUGGGAUUUUCGGGUUCGACGGAGGGGAGCACUGAACUUCACACCAUUGAGGAAUGGAGCUUCCAAACUGAUGGACUUGAGUCAAAGGGGCCCUCGCCUCCUCACAGUGUAGCAACAGACGCUGAGGGCAAGCCUGUACUCGGUUUUUCGCAAGCAAAGUGCCAUAAUCAGAAUUGUUGGAGCAGAAAACUGAAUCUGGGUCUCAAGAUCUCGGGAGCGAUCAUUAUAUGCAUGAUCAUGGGAUAUUUGAGCUGGGUUCUUGUAAAAAGAUGGAGACUCACAAGGCCUGUGAAGAAUUUCAAGCAAGAAAUGCUAAAAGGUCCGAAGAAUUUCAGUUAUAGAGAGAUGAGAGCUGCAACAAGGGGGUUCAAUAAGGGCAAUGUGGUGGGAUACGGAGCAUCUGGUACAGUUUAUAGAGGCAUCCUUCCUGAGUCCGGAACGACUGUUGCUGUAAAGAGAUCGAAGCAUGCUAAUCAAGGUAUGGAUGAUUUCAUGGGGGAGCUUCUAGUUAUAGUUUGCCUGAGGCACAGAAAUCUUGUGCAGCUGGAAGGCUGGUGCUGUGAAAAAGGUGAACUGCUGCUUGUGUAUGAAUUCAUGCCCAAUGGGAGCCUUGAUAGUGCCCUUUACCAAGAAGAUGAUAGAGAAGUACUGAAUUGGUCACAGAGAUAUAAUAUAGCAGUUGGUACUGCAUCAGCUCUAAUGUACCUGCACUACGAAUGCGAGAAGCAAGUUAUUCACAGAGAUGUGAAAACCAGCAACAUAAUGCUGGACGCAAAUUUUAAUCCAAGAUUGGGUGAUUUCGGGUUGGCCAAGAUCAUUGAACAUGAUAAGAGCCCAGAUUCUACUCUUACAGCAGGAACCAUGGGUUACCUUGCUCCUGAAUAUCUUCAGUAUGGAAAGGCAACAGAAAAAACCGAUGUUUUCAGUUAUGGGGUAGUGAUACUUGAAGUUGCUUGUGGCAGGAGACCAAUCGAAAAAAGUUUCAAAAGUGGAGUGAGGAAUUUGGUUGAUUGGGUAUGGGAAUUAUAUGGUGAAGGUAGGCUCCUGGAAGCUGUUGAUCCCAGGCUGAAGGGUGAAUUUGAUAAAGAGCAGAUGAGGAGAAUGCUACUUCUGGGCCUGAAUUGUGCUCAUCCUAAUCACGUAGAGAGGCCAACCAUGAGAAAGGUUCUGCAGAUUCUCAAUGGAGAUGCAUUAGUUCCUGUUUUGCCAACUUUGAAGCCUGUCGCGAGCUUUUCCUGUAGCCUACCUUUAAGCAUCCAGGAAAUCUUAUCUGACAUUGAGAACAGUACAGUGUUGAGUCCCUUGCGCGUAUCAAAGAAUGCUUUUGGAGAUUGCUCAUUUCCUUGAGGAAUGGCCUUAAUUGACAGAAAGUCCCAACAUAGGAAAAACAGUUCGGAACCAAUCUGGGGAGAUCAAGAUCAUGCGAGUCCUGUGAGCGUCAAUCUCCAUACUUCUUGGGUCCUAAUAAGGUGUUUGUCUGUUGCGUCUGUAGUUUGUGUUUCAUCAGCCUGAAAUGUAUAUUCAGUAGUUCUCUGCGUGAAAUUUAAUCCAUUCCGUUGUAUUCAUGCUGUAAGCUAAAAUAGUGUUAGAAUUGUUGUAUCCAGAAUUGUUGUAUCUCAAAAGUUUGAAAGACUUUUUCUAGUAUGAAACAUGUUUCUGCUUGUAA